AUGAGAGUUCCGACAAUGGAGCAGUUCGUGGCCGCCACCGGUGACGAGACGGGCAUCCGCCCUGCUGGCCCGACCCCAGGCGCUCUAUUUGAUGCAAUGGAGGACUACUUUGACUCCAGGAUAGACCUUGUGUCUCGCAAGCUUGCUAAGAGGAGAGAAAGCCUACAACUGCGGCUCUCGCUGGGCGGCAUCCUGCGACGGACAAACUCAGCCCCAGGUGCGGAAGCCCUGUCCGAGCAAUUCGAGCGCGAGAUUGCAAGACUCCAGCUCAAGAUGAAGUCGCGCAUGAUCUCUCUCACCACGGCCUGGCGUUCAAGUCGCGUCGUUCGCACCCGCGAGAAGUUCUCAUUCGUCUUCGGAGUGAUGUCCAUCCUAUUGUCCGCCCUCCUCUUCGGGCUGUACCCUACCUGGGUACACGUCGCGUACACAGCACAAGCGGCGUACCUCCUUCCCAUGCGCAUAUACUCUUUCAAGAAGCGACGAUGGCAUUACUUCCUUUUCGACCUAUGUUACUUUGUCAACAUCAUGAACUUCGUCUGGAUCUGGAUACUGCCGCAGUCUCGCGCCCUCUUCAUCGCAUGUUAUUGCCUAUCACAUGGGUCUGUCGCUACAGCUAUCGUUACCUGGCGCUUGGGCAUGGUGUUCCAUGACGCGGAGAAGGUCACGUCUAUGUUUAUCCACAUAUACCCACCAUUUGUACUUUCUACCAUCAGGCAUUUCUAUCCCAAUGCCGCCGCACGGUUCCCUGCUCUUCAAGACCUACCCCACCUUAGCGCCAAGGAUGCCUUUGUAUACUCUAGCGUCUUGUAUCUCUUCUGGCAGACAUGCUACUGGAAGUUCGUCUGGGUCAAUCGUCGUACGAAGAUCCAGUCCGGCGAGAGAACGACCUCGCUCACCUUCUUCCUCAACAACAAACGUGGAUGGGUUGGAAAGUUACUUGUUGCCACCCCUCCAGAACGUCGAGCGGUCUACUAUAUGAUGGGCCAGUUUGCAUACGCAAUCGUGACAGAGCUCAUCCCCGUCUUUGCCCUAUACGAUAGUCUACAUUGGAGUGCAGCCUACCUCCUGGUAUGCUUCAGCGUCUCUGUCUGGAACGGAGCAGGUUUCUACAUCGAGGUGUUCGGCCGCAAAUUCGAGCGUGAACUAGAGGCCCUCCGCAAGGAACUCGCGGAAGCGAAUCAACGCGCUCUUCAGCAAAGCCCAAGCCUCACUGCGGACGACACGUCGACGACAGUCUCACCCAUACUGGGACCCACGUCUCCUCAGACGCCUAGCCCCCCAAUGCUACCGACACUCGGGGCACCUGUACCACCAAUCCCGUCCCUAGAAACAACGCCAGCUCAGGUCGCGAUUGCCGUACAGUCCGCCUUGUGA